AUCGUUGUCCGUCUGUUUCUGUUGAUGGUACAGAGUCGUCGUAGCGAUUUCAAUUCGAAGAAUAUCCAUACGAACAAUCCUCUCAUCAAACCCAUCUUCAAAGUUUUCUCCUUUUUUUCCCUUUUAUCUUGAUCGUCGAGAGAUUGAUACUUCCCCGAUUGGGAAACUUCUUGUUAUUACUCAUCACGCAUUCUUACAACCCGGUUUACCGAUCUAAACCUGUGAUCGAUUGAACUCUACGGCUCUCAUUUCGGAGUUUUCAUCAAUUUGAAUGGCCGCUUACGGGAAUUAUCUACGGUUAGCACGACUUGGAACCGGUUCAGCUGUAAAUUUUUCAACUUUCAGAUCGAUCGGUUCUCCAAACCCGACAUUUGACAGGACUCUCUUCGAUCACCACCACGAGAUUCGUUCAUCGUCUCCUCUCUACAGACAAUCCAACUCCAGAUUCAUAUCUCAACUUGUCAAAACCAAUGGGAAACGUUUGUAUCUCGUCGACACACUCGCUUUGGUAAGGAGCUUGGAAGCGCAAGGGUUGCCUUCAAAGCAAGCAGAGGCUAUCACAGGUGCUAUAACUGAAGUACUGAAUGAUAGCUUAGGAGUUGUUUCUCAGUUGGUUGUUUCCAAGGGUGAGAUGCAGAAAGCUGAAAUGACGCAGGAAUCAAACUUAUCCAAGUUCAAAAGUGAGAUUAACAGUUCACUGGACCACCAUUUCUCUUUGCUGCAACACGAGAAUGAGAAACUCCGCAAUGACAUAGAACGUAUCCGCACUGAUAUAAGGCACGAGAUUGACAAAGUCACAGCAGGACAGCGGUUGGACCUGAAUCUUGAAAAAGGGAGGAUAAGAGAUGAGCUAACGAAUCAAAACGCCGAAACCUCUAACCUUACAAACAAACUUGACCGUGAGAUUCACACUUUGAGAGCUCAGUUGGAAGCGGCCAAGUACGAGGUGAUCAAGUAUUGUAUCGGUACACUUGUCUCCAUCUCAGCCGUUGGCCUAGCUGUCCUCCGGAUCGUCAUGUGACUCUCCAUUGUUGACCAACACCCUCAUCUUUGCUGUUUUUUUCAAUUCUGGAUGAAAUCUUGGUCUGCUCUUUCCAUCUUGUGGCGUAUUUUAAUAUUUUAUAAUGUAAUUUGAUUUCCUUUUUGUAGUAUAUAUGACGAAAGAAAAAAAGAAAAACUAAUUUAUGAGAUUCGCUAUAAACGUAUAUGAGAUGUUUCUUCCACGUGUA